AUGGCAACGUUUCACAGCUUCCGGAAAGCCGUCGGAGCGCUCAAAGAUUCCACCACCGUCAGCAUCGCAAAGGUCAACAGCGAAUUCAAGGAUUUGGAUGUUGCGAUCGUCAAGGCCACAAAUCACGUCGAAUCUGCUCCCAAAGAACGACACAUUCGCAAAGUAUUCUCAGCAACAUCUGUAGUAAGACCAAGAGCAGAUGUUGCUUACUGCAUUCACGCACUAGCCAAGAGAUUGUCCAAAACUCACAAUUGGGUUGUGGCAAUCAAAGUGUUGAUAGUAAUUCACAGAACACUAAGAGAAGGUGAUCCAACAUUCAGAGAAGAGCUUCUUAACUACUCACACAGAGGACACAUUCUUCGAAUAUCUAACUUCAAAGACGACACAAGUCCUCUUGCUUGGGAUUGCUCUGCAUGGAUAAGAACGUACGCGCUUUUCCUUGAAGAGCGGCUCGAAUGCUAUCGUGUUUUGAAGUAUGACAUAGAGGCAGAGCGUUUACCAAAAGGUUCAGGAGCAACUUCAAAGAACGCGGAUUUCAAUGCAACGUAUAGAACAAGGAGGCUCUCUGAUGAAGAAUUGCUAGAGCAUUUACCUGCUUUGCAGCAACUUCUCUACAGGCUUGUUGGUUGUAAGCCAGAAGGAUCAGCCUAUAGCAAUUACCUGAUCCAAUACGCUCUUGCAUUGGUGCUUAAAGAAAGCUUCAAAAUAUACUGUGCCAUUAAUGAUGGAAUCAUUAAUCUUGUAGACAUGUUCUUUGAGAUGACAAGACAUGAUGCAGUUAAAGCUCUAAAUAUAUACAAACGAGCUGGUCAACAGGCUGAAAAUCUGGCUGAUUUUUAUGAGUAUUGCAAAGGUCUAGAGCUUGCCAGGAACUUUCAAUUUCCAACCUUGAGACAGCCUCCUCCGUCAUUUCUUGCAACAAUGGAAGAUUACAUUAAAGAAGCGCCUCAAAGUGGUUCUGUACAGAAAAAGCUGGAGUAUCAGGAAAAAGAUGAGGAAGAAGAGGAAGAAGAAGAAGAAGACUCUCCACAGACUGAAGAACCUGCAGAAGCCGAAAAUCAUAAUGAAAACACUGAAGAUGACCAGCCACUUAUCGAAGAUGAGGAAGAGGAAGAAGAAAAAAUAGAAGAAGAAGCUACUAAGCCUUCAUUCUUGAUAGACACAGAUGACUUGCUGGGCUUGAGUGAGAUAAAUCCAAAAGCCACAGAGAUAGAGGACCGCAAUGCAUUGGCUCUCGCAAUAUAUCCACCAGGUCAUGAAGCUCAAGGUCCAUCAAACAGUUUAAGCUUAAUCGAAACCGGUGGUUCCGGUUGGGAACUGGCACUAGUCACUCCUCAGAACAACAACAACAACGUUCCUCGUCCUGCUUCUGACACCAAACUUGCAGGAGGAUUCGACACGCUAUUGCUUGACAGUCUGUACGAGGAUGCCUCAGCGAGGAGACAGAUCCAACUAACCAACGCUGGAUAUGGACAUGGUGGCACAGAAACAGCAGGAGCAGCACCACCAAACCCAUUCGAGAUGCAACAAGAUCCCUUUGCAAUGUCCAAUAACAUUGCUCCUCCCACUAAUGUUCAAAUGGCAAUGCAACAACAGCAACAGCAGAUGAUGAUGAUGCAUCAAAGUCCCUAUAAUAAUUACUCAAAUGCUCAAGAUCAUCAACAUCAGCAUCAGUUCUCGGCUGCAGGUCCUUCUCCUUCUAAUCCUUUUGGAGAUUUCCUUGCCCUUCCGCCUCCGCCAGGCUCAGCAGGUCCGCAGCAGAACAACCAUCAUCAUAUGCUCCUCUAG